GGAGCCAUGAUCCUAACGCUCCUUUACGCAGCUUUGCUCGCAUCAUGCCAGCCUCAACAUCACUCGCAGGUCGUCCGUCUUUCGUGCGGGUGGUGCUCCUUGACAUGCGAUGCCCUGAUGCUUAACUCCGGCUCACAAACCGACAAGUCAGGACAAUAAAGGAAGGCCGAAUCCCUCGCAAAUCUUCAGUCUCUCUAUCAACUUCAAAAAAACACGAUCAGCCUCUUGAGCAGCAAUCACUUUUAUCAUUCUGUAUUCAACAUCAUGCGCGUCUUCGUUACAGGAGCAGCCGGUUGGGUGGGCAGUGCAGUCACCAAAGAACUCAUCCAGCAUGGUCACCAAGUCCUUGGACUUGCCCGUAGUGAUGCAACAGCCGAAGCCAUCACCAAGGCUGGCGGAGAGGUCCUUCGCGGAGACCUAGAAGACCUCGAGAGCCUGAAGAAGGGCGCCCAGGACACAGAUGGCACCCUACACUUAGCCUUCAUUCACGAUUUCACAAACAUGGCCCAUGCCACGGCCGUUGACCGCGCAGCGAUCUCAGCUCUAGCGGAAGUCGUCGCCGGCACGGGAAAGCCAGUCAUCAUAACAUCCGGCAGUCUUAUUGUCGCUGACUUAGGCGGCGACGUGGCCGACGAGGAUACCGACAUUGACCGGAGCGUGCCGUGGUCUGACAGAUGGAAGUCAGAGGACUUGAUCCUGUCAUUGUCCAAGGAGAAGGAUGUCAAGGGCAUGAUCGUACGCCUGACACCCACAGUCCAUGGUGAUGGCGAUAAAGGAUUCAUUCCUGGACUAAUCGCCGCCGCCCGCAAGAACGGAGCAGCAAUCUACGUUGGGGACGGCUCCGCGAAAUGGCCUGCUGUUCAUCGAUACGACGCUGCAGCAUUGUAUCGACUUGCGCUGGAAAAGGGUAAGGCAGGCGGCAUCUAUCACGCCUCUGCUGAGCAAGGUAUCGCCCAGAAGGACAUUCAAGGUCUGAUUGGCAAGGUUCUAAACCUUCCUGUUGAAAGCAAACCAAUGCAGGAAGGACUUCCUAAGCUCGGGUUCUUUGCCCAUGUGACGUCCAUGGACAAGCCGUUAUCAAGUGAAAAGACACAGAAGGAAUUGGGGUGGCAUCCAAAAGAACCUGGUCUACUGGCCGACAUGGAAGCGCACUAUUUCAAAGACACGGCGCAAUCUAAGUACCAGUUUUGAGAUGGGAGAAAAGACCAAGCUGACGCACACUUCAUAACGACUUGAGGAGCUAUAGCUGCAAGCA